AUGAAGAAACAGUGUUGCAAAGAAUCUGAAACAAAUCAAAACCAACAACUAUCAUUAGACUAUUGUUGCUGGUUUGAAGAUGCAUGCAUCCUUGACAUGGAUUACUUUGUUAAAACUCUUUCAAACAUCAAACAAAAAGGCAUUCGCGCCGAUUUAAUCGGUUCAAUCAUCACUCACUAUGCUUCCAAAUGGCUACCUGAUCUCGAAGCUUCAAAUGCAAGUGCAAAUGCAAAUGCAAAUGCUAGUUCUAAUGCUAAUUCGCCCGAAAGUGCGACAAAAUCAUGGAUGAAGAAAAGAUUCUUUGUUGAAACCUUAAUCAGUGUUCUUCCACCUGACAAAGAUUCAAUCCCAUGCAACUUCCUUCUCCGUUUACUCCGAACAGCAAACAUGGUUUCUGUCGAGGCUACUUAUCGAGCCGAGCUUGAGAAUCGAAUUUCAUGGCAGUUAGAUCAAGCUUCAUUGAAAGAACUCAUGAUACCUUCUUUUAGUCAUACAUGUGGAACUCUUUUGGAUGUUGAGCUUGUUAUUAGGUUGGUUAAGAGGUUUUUGAAUUUGGAUCAAGAUGGUUCCAAAACCGGUGCUGCUUUGGUUAAGGUUGCUAAGUUGGUUGAUUGUUACCUUGCUGAGGUUGGUUUGGAUUCUAAUUUGAGUUUGUCUCAAUUUGUUUCACUUGCUGCUGCUCUUCCUAGUCAUGCAAGAGCUACUGAUGAUGGUUUGUAUAGAGCCAUUGAUACUUAUCUUAAAGCGCAUCCAAGCAUAUCGAAGCAAGAAAGGAAGGGACUGUGUAGAUUGAUUGAUAGCAGGAAACUCACACCAGAAGCUUCACUUCAUGCAGCUCAAAACGAACGGUUACCUGUGAGAGCUGUUAUUCAGGUACUUUUCACCGAACAAACGAAACUCAACCGCCACAUUGAUUGGAGUGCUUCUUUCAGUAGCUUGAGGAGUCCGAGUGGAUACCACGGUGUGUUGGACACACCAGAACGGAGUCUUUCAAAGCGCGAAAUGAAUGCGCAGCAAAUGGAGAUAAAGAAACUGAAGGAAGAUGUUUACAGGCUGCAAAGUCAGUGCAAUGCUAUGCAAGCACAGAUGGAAAAAAUGGCUGAGAAGAAGAAAGGUUUCUUCAAAUGGAAGAAACUUGGUUUUAGUAAAAGCAACGGAGAGACGGGGAAUGUUGAAAUUAAUGAAACUCAAACUGAAUUUGGAUUCGGAACGCAAACACCUAUGGUCAUGAAAAAUAGUAUUGUCGUCAAAGGUAGGACUCCUCAAAACUGGAGAAAAUCACUGUCAUGA